UAUUUGCAAUCAUUGGGAACUCGGGAACUCAGAAACCCAUAAAAUCUUAUACUUCAGUUCAACAGCACCAGCAUCACUCAAAGUUGGCAACUUUCUUCCUUUGUUCCUAAAAGAUUCUUCUUUUUUCAUACUGUGGGGGAAGUUGGGAUGAAAGAAAUGAAACAAGUGAGGCUGUUGGCAAUUCUGUUGGUAGUUGUUGUUGCAACCCCUCAAGUUGAGAAGGCAAGCUCGCAUGGAGAUCACCCUCUUUCCAGAAUUGCUAUUCAUAGAGCAACCUUUGCACUUGAUGAGCUUGCUUACAUUCAAGCCUCUCCUUCUGUUCUUGGAUUAAGGGGGCAAAACACAGAGUGGGUGAAGUUGGAAUUUGGUACCGAAGACCCGAAAAUCGAUGAUUGGAUUGGAGUGUUUUCUCCUGCUAAUUUCAGUGCUUCCACCUGCCCUGAGGAAAAUCCGAGAGUUUAUCCUCCGUUUUUGUGUUCUGCGCCGAUUAAGUAUCAGUAUGCGAAUUACUCCACUCCCGACUACAAAGACACCGGAAAAGGGUUCUUGAAGCUUCAGCUCAUCAACCAGAGAUCGGACUUCUCUUUCGCACUAUUUUCUGGCGGUUUAUUGAAUCCAAAGGUGGUGGCGGUGUCAAAUCAUGUAGCUUUCGCUAAUCCAGAUGCACCAGUUUACCCUCGCAUAGCACAAGGAAAAGAAUGGAAUGAAAUGACCGUAACAUGGACAAGUGGAUAUGGGAUCAAUGAUGCAGUACCUUUUGUUGAAUGGGGUCCUAGAGGAGAAACUACGCGUUCCCCAGCUACGACGCUAACUUUUGAUCGUCAUAGCUUGUGUGGUGCACCAGCAAGAACAGUGGGAUGGCGUGACCCUGGAUUCAUACAUACUAGUUUUCUGAAGGAGUUGUGGCCAAACAGACAGUACACGUACAAGCUGGGACAUAGAUUGUUUAAUGGUACAUACAUUUGGAGUCGAACGUAUCAGUUUAGAGCAUCUCCUUAUCCUGGUCAAAAUUCUUUACAGCGCGUAGUCAUUUUUGGUGACAUGGGAAAGGAUGAAGCUGAUGGUUCCAAUGAAUACAACAAUUUCCAGCCAGGUUCGCUUAACACUACUAAGCAACUUAUUCGUGACUUGAAAAACAUCGAUAUAGUCUUCCACAUUGGGGAUAUAUGUUACGCGAAUGGUUAUCUUUCACAAUGGGACCAGUUUACCGCACAGGUCGAACCAAUAGCAUCAACUGUUCCUUACAUGAUUGCAAGUGGAAACCAUGAACGAGACUGGCCAGGAACAGGUUCUUUCUAUCAGAACAUGGAUUCUGGAGGCGAAUGUGGUGUGUUGGCUGAAAAUAUGUUCUAUGUUCCCACAGAGAACAGAGCUAAGUUUUGGUACAAAACUGACUACGGCAUGUUUCGCUUCUGCAUAGCAGACACGGAACAUGACUGGAGAGAGGGCACGGAGCAGUACAAGUUCAUCGAGCACUGCUUAGCAUCAGUCGAUAGACAGAAGCAACCCUGGCUAAUAUUUCUCGCACAUCGAGUUCUGGGAUACUCUUCAGAUUUCUAUUACGCAGAAGAAGGAUCGUUUGCAGAACCAAUGGGGAGGGAGAGCCUCCAAAAACUCUGGCAAAAGUAUAAGGUCGACAUUGGCAUUUACGGCCAUGUCCAUAACUACGAAAGAACCUGUCCCAUAUACCAGAAUAUUUGCACCGAUGAAGAGAAACGCCAUUACAAGGGCAGCUUGAAUGGAACAAUACACGUGGUUGCUGGUGGUGCAGGAGCAAGCCUGUCAACGUUUACCGCUAUCCAAACGAAAUGGAGUAUUUUCAAAGACUACGACCAUGGAUUUGUCAAGCUCACAGCAUUCGAUCACUCGAACCUUUUGUUUGAGUACAAGAAGAGCAGGGACGGGCAGGUUUACGACUCGUUCAGAAUAUCCAGAGAUUAUAGGGACAUCUUAGCCUGCACUGCUGAUAGCUGCCCUAGCACCACACUCGCCUCAUGAUCUGGAAAGUAAAUUAAUAUUUGUUACUACAGAGUGAAAUGAACGGAUCAUUACUCUUUCCAUGUAUAUAAAAUUGAGAGAUUAUGGUAAUUAAUCAGGAAUAUUAGUGCCGGCUAGUUAACAUUUUAUAAUUUCCUAUCCAAUUAGGACGUGCUGUGAACAUUUCUGUCGUAGUUCAAUGAACCUGCUAUAUAUUACCUAA